GCACCGCCCCUGGCGGCCGGCCCCCCACCGCCCGCCUCCCUCAUGGCGGCGGCUGCAGCGGCGGCGGCCGGGGGGGCGGGAGGCGGCGGCGCUUCGGCGGCGCUGGGCGACAGCGGCGCCAUCGACUACUCGGUGCACGAAGCCUGGAACGAGGCCACCAACGUGUACCUGCUGGUGGUGCUGGCCAGCCUCGCCCUCCUCGUCUACGCGCGGCGGAACAAGAGGAGGAUCCUGCGCAUCUUCACGCUGCCUCCUGCUGUGGAGACGCCGCCUGAGCCCAACUUCUACGACAGCAUGAAGAAGAUCCGCCUGCGGCAGCAGCUGGAGAUGUACUCCAUCGCACGGAAGUACGAACAGCAGCAGCAGCCACCAAAACAGACUGAAAGCGUACAGCUCUCGGUGGAGUGAUGCCCACAGUUGUAGGAACGCAGGACUUAUUUCCAGCGUUGGUAAUAGGAGUCAGCGUGGAGCUAUUUUCAAUGCCUCUUAAUCAAUACACAGCUGAAGGCAAGGGGGAAAGGAAAGGGGCAGUCCUAAAAGCUUUGCCCUUGGUAGCUUUUCUCUGAGCCCCGUGAAGUGAACUGAAUGCCUACCGAAAUAUUCGGCAUGAAAGUACCCAACACAGGACAGACCUGCUCAGAGAGGCCCCUGAGGGUGGAGAAGUGCUGUCUUACGAUGUUUGCUGCUGGCACCUUGGAAAUCAGCUCCUGCCAUCUGGUAACAGUACCCAGGAGGAAGUAAGGCAGGACCUGCCUGUCAGGAAACUGUUUGGUUCCUUGAUCAUGCAUUGAAUUUGCUGAACGCAUUCAGUAAAUGCAAGUGAAGAUACCGUGGCCUUACCGCCUAACGAGGGCGGAGAGCUUUGAGAACCAGCAGCGGUGCUGGCCGUGGAGCAGGUUGCAAUCUCCGCAUUGGUUUGUACGCAGUAUUGUGAGCCUUUCUUUGAGACAUUCCGAGAACUAGGAAGUACGCCGUGAGAGGCAGGUCUAAAAGACACUUAUAGCAAAUGCUGUAAUGCUAUAGCGAUGGCAGUUAGGUAAAUUUAGUCAGAUUGGUUUAAAGAAUAGGAUUGUCUAUCAACACUUGUGCGAAUGGAAACACUACCAAAAAGCACAGGGUUUAUUCAGAAGAGACACCACACCCUGGUCACUUAUUUUAUUUCCCCAAGUAAAUCAUGAAAUCGGUUAAUUUAAAGAAUGACGCAGAAACGACUUUCUAAUAAAAGCAUCUAACCACGAAAACCGC